AUGGACUCAAAAUCAUCCCCUCUUAUCGAUGCCCAUGCAGGAUCCGAAAUUCUUUCGGAAAUGGAUAAUCGCCCUAGCCCUAGAGCUGAGGAUAAUCUAGACUUAUCCCCAUCGACUGUCUUUGGACCCGCCUGUCGUCAAUUUAUUGAUGCAGAUACAUGCAGCGAAAUUCGCUCGUAUAGUAUUGAAUUCUCGACGAUUCUCGCGGCUGUUUUGCAGGGAAUUCGGGUAUACCGCAGAAUUUGA